UUUCUUGGUCCUGUGCCGGUUCAGCGGUUCCUGGGCUCCUCCCUUCCUUCCGGCGCGGGGGCAAUCCGAUCGCCCCCGGCGCCGAUCGAAUCGGGCGCCAUGCUGUAGCCUCCAAGGGGCGAAUGAGAGGUGAGUCCGAGGUCCAAAGCGACUAUGCAGGCACCAUCUCUUCUGCAGCUCUGCGUCCAGAAGUUGGCGCAGAACCUCAUCAAGUACGGUCCCAAGAGGGUGCGCUAUGCCACCCUCUCUGCUCUUCCGCGGCGCGCCUUGGAGGAGCUGCUGCACAUCUUGGUGGCGAAGAACGCGUUGAAUGAUAAUGUACUGCCCUACGCCCUCACCCGACAAACUCAGCAGCUGGGCCUCGAGGGCGCCUCCCAGCUGCGCCGCUGCGUCCUGAAUACCAUCGGCCGCUCCUGUCCGAACCUCUGCGUGCUGGACGUGCGGAGCUGCCAGCAGGUGGACAACAAGAUCCUCAGGGACGUCCUUCAGCAUUGCGAGCGCCUGGAGGUCCUGCGCCUGGACGGAUGCCCCCGCAUCUCCGACUCUGCCUUCGCGCCCGCCCUGUGGAAGCCUCCCCUCGCAGGGCUGCUGGGGCUGCGUGAGCUCUCGGUGGGGAAAUGCGGACAGAUCACCGCGGAGGGCUUGAUGGGCUAUGUCCUGAAGGGAGCGCCGUACUUGAGGAUCUUGGGCCUGGCGUACUGCCACGGCACCGUCACCGAUGAGGUGGCGGCGGAGCUGCUGUUCCAGUUCGGCCUCCAGGCCUUGGACCUGUCCUUCUGCUCCCAGAUCUCCGACACGCCCUUCGAGGCCCGGCCGCGGUCCAUGCUCAGAGAGCUACGCCUGUCCAGCACCGCCGUAGGGGACAAGGGCAUCCAGCACAUCGCCCAACGGUCCCCACAGCUGGAGGUGCUCGACGUGGGGUGGGCGAUGAAGCUCACAGACGCGGGGAUCCUGGCGGUGGCCGCCCACUGCCAGAGGCUGCAGACGCUUUGUGUCUGCAACACGGAGAUCACCGACAAGUGCUUCGAGGCCAUCAUGGAGUGCCGGAACCUGGAACGCCUCAACGCUUCCUGGUGCCUGCGAGCCACGGCGCAGGCGCUGGACAUCCUCUCCGAAAGCACAGCCACAGACCGGCCGCCCUUGAAGUGUUUCGACCUGGACCACCUGGGCGCCUUGGCCUUGGACAGCGGCGUGGACGCGGUGGGGCCCCUGCCCAUUGUGCUGACCAGGACUGGCAGUGUUCAGUCGAGUGCUUCGCUGUCGCCGCUGCCCACCAGCUGGCUGCCAAGCCGCUUGCCGGAGCCGCCGAGCAUGCAGCUGCCUCCCGCGUACGGAGGCGAAGACGAGGCGUCCGCAGGCUGUUGGGAGCCGCCGGCCCCGCGGAAGGUUCGGGACUCUCCGUGUCUCAAGAACAUCGUGGCAGCCUAUGGCAGCGGAUUGGAGCAGCUUUUGCUGGAUGGCAUCAAGGACGUGGCCUUUGCGUCCGCCUUGGAGGCGGUGGCUGCCAACUGCCCGGUCCUUGAGCAGCUGGCGGUGACGCUGCCGCCCCGCGACACCGACGCCGCGGUGCAGGCGGCUUUGAGCUCCAUCGGCGCGCAGUGCGCCCGGCUCACGCUGCUGCGCCUGGAUUCCUCCGCCCGGCCCCACAAGCCCGCGGUGGACUCUUUGGCCCUGCCCGCGUUCUCCCGGCUGAGCUCCCUGACGCUCUGGUGCCCGGCAGGUGGUCUCAACGAUUCAGAGCUGGAGACCGUCUUGUCUGGGCGCACGCUGCUGCAGACUCUAGUUCUCCGGAACUGCGCGCUCUCCGAGGGGCUGUUCCCAAGGUGGUGCAACAAGGAGCAGGACGAUGCCAUGGUUCGGCAGCUCGACCAGGCGCUGCUGUCGUCGCUGAACCGCAGCUUCGGGACGGCCGCCGCCUCGCCGGCGAAGCUUAGAGCUCCAAAGAGCUCCGAGGGUCCGUCAGAGUCGCGGCCGCGGAGGAGGCAGCACCUUCGGCACUCUGCAGCCUUGGCUUUGCGGAGUGUCACCUACUUCUCCCUGGGGGGUGCUCCUUCGCUCUCGGACCGCUCCUGUGAGGCACUGGCGGACCUGCUCCAUGAUGCCCAGACUGUGGACUUGAGAGGCUGCCCGGAGCUGACGGAGGACACUUUGAGGUCCUUCCGCAAGAACUGCCGCUUCAUCAGGUCAGUAUCCGUGACGAUGAGGGAGCCGCACACACACACACCAGCUCAGCACGCCACCAGACAGCGGUCCACCUUCUCGGGAAGCUCCGGCACAGAGAGCAACUGAGGAGUUUGUCUCACUCGAACAGUCCAAGGUUCGGUAGUCCCGCGGAACAGGUCUUCAGCCUUGAAAACGUC